AUGGUUGCUGCAAGCUCGAUUCGAGAGAAAGCUGCUGAUCAUAAUCUUAUCCUUGCUGUCAACACAUUUCAUGGCCACGUGCACAAUCACAAGUGCCAGCUGCAACAUCACCCUCUUUACCUUCAUGGAUUUGGGCUCGAGGACUUGGAAACAUGCGAGCGUGUGUUCGCAGCCUCUAAUGCUGCAGCGCCACUUAUAUGUCAUGCUUCGCAUUUCCAUUAUGUUCAGUUCCUGGAGCUUCAUUUCGACCAGUGGGAUAUCAAUAAGUACCUUGAACUUAGCCGGUUUAUUCUGAAUAAUUACAAGCAAGUGCUAACUGUGAUUUCCGACUACACCAAGGAACUCAAAGCUUAUCGCGCAACAUUCCCCGGGGAGGGACUUGAUUUUGAAAGUUGUAUUGCGGAAGAAUUCACUUAUCUGGAAGCCGUGGCCGUAGAGCCUGCACAGGAUGCUACUGCAGUCGAGUAUGUUGAAGUGCUUGAGAAGCUUGAGAAGUGCCAGGCCACUUUUGAAGCUUUGCAUAACAAUCAAUUUGUGUCAUACACGCCCUCUUCAUUCUCGGGCCUUAGUCAAGAUGCUUUGCAUGCGACAAAGCAAGGACAUGCAGCUCGAUGUGCUGCCGAGCAACGCCUGCAAGUCCAGAUACAUGUUGUCGAGGAUAUUGAAGAUCGAAUGAAUCUUGAAGGUCUCAUUGUGCAACUCAUGUUCGAGCUAUCUAAGGCAAAUCUUGCAUCCACAGGCUACAAACUUCGGAAACAGAUCUCCAAAGCCAUUGUGAAGCAUUCUGGUGCGAUCCAAUCAGCACUCGACAAAUACAACAAGCUUGCUCUCUCUCAAAACCCCCAAUGGCCUACCCUUCAAUACAGUGAGGUCAUGUCUUGUGUGGCUCUCGGCGAGUUCGAGAUUCUCAAGUGCUCAUGCCAUGACAUACUUGCAAAGCCAUGGAGCAACGGCAUCCAUUGUGAGAUGUCCAAUAAGUAUUUCAAAAUCAUUUGCGCGCAGGAAGAAAUAACUCAACUGAAUGUUGAAAUACAACGCCUGCAGGCAUGGGUUGACAUGAAGGAUUCUGAUAUUGAAUGGACGGCUACAGAACUCGAUUCGACAGAUACGUGA